AUGAUAUUCGCUUCUAAACCAGUAUCUGUUGUCUGUGGAGUGGAUUUGGGGAUUCCUGGCGGCACUGGAAGUUAUGACAGAUUAGAAUCAUUUCUUUUACCUGUCACACAAUGGGGAAAACAGUACAUCUUAACAACGGUCGGAUCAACGAACAAAAAACAAGGAGAUAUUUUCCGAAUUUUUGCCUUUGAAAAUAGUACGGUUGUCCACAGUGCAUACUGGAUCAAAGUUUUGUUAUCCGGCACUUAUACUGAAUUGAUAUUAGGCGAAAAUCUUACAUCGUUUGUGAACUGCAAUAAACCUUGUCAAGUGGUACAAUACAUAAGGGGGGAAACAAUUGGCUCGAAAAAGGCGGACACUUCGAUGAUUGUCCUUCCUUCGAUUAAACAGUUUAAAUCAUACUAUCGUGUUCUUUGUAGUCAUAUUUCAGGUUUUUACAGUUCUGCAACAAUUACGAUUGAGGAACGUUUAACCAACGGUUUGUUUCUAAAUGGAGUUAAAAUGAGUUAUCUAAAUUGGAUUAAAAUUUCGGGGACAAAAUAUGUUUGGACAGUGGUUGGUAUGCCUGGAACAAAACUUGCUACCUUCUAUCAUUCUUCGCGUGAUGGUAACUUUGGACUGCUGGUGUAUGGCUGGAAUGGCGAUAAUUCGUAUGCUUACCCCGGCGGAUUCACAUUCCAACACUACAGUACCGGUAAGUAAUUGUCACAGACUUCGGAAGCUUAUACCAUCCUAACUUGUUCAGCGUUUAAAUAUAUAACGUUCACGUUUACGGCCUAAAAAUAUGUUGCAUUCUUAACAAAUUUAACAAAAUCCUGUGUGAACUGAUUUGAAACAAAUUAUUAUCGACAACGAAAUUCUAUUUAAAACAUUAUUAUUAUUUAUUUAUUAUUAUUUAUUAUAAAAUUACAUGCUCCCGAAAGGGCUUUUCAGCAUACAAUUACAAUAAAAAGACUAAAAUAUGCUAUUAUAUACAUGCGGUUAAAAAUGGUAGAUAGGUACAAUGUUCAAUUAUUUAAAAUGUAUUUCUUUACUUCAGAUUUAAAGUGUUUUGAUAUUUCUCAAUGAUUUGAUUGAAUCAGGCAGGCUGUUCCAAUGUUUGGUCGCGCGGUAAUGAAAAGUUUUUUGGCCAUAGUUUGUAUUUGAUUUUGGAAUUUCUAGAUCUUUACUGGACCUGGUAGAAUAAUUGUGGAUGGUAUCUCGCAGGUAGAAUUUCUCGCUCAGGUACGGCGGUGAAAGAUCGUUCAUGCACUUGUAUGUUUGUACAAUGUCUUUGUAUACAAGUGUUUGGUCAACCGUCAUCCAUUUCAAUUCUCUUAAGAUGGGUGUAAUGUGGUCAAACUUUCGUGUGUUCGAAAUAACACGAGCUGCGAAAUUUUGGACUAACUGGAGUUUCUUUACAUUUUUGCUGUUGUGUUUGCCCAUACGGACGAACAAUAGAACAACCUUGUCAAAACCAAUGCUUGAACCACUGAACACAACGUUUCCUGAUCCAGGAGAUGACGAAUCCUACGGAUUUGGCAUAACUUGGCCAUGCAUUUAGAAACCAACAGACUGAUAUGUUCAUCGAAUUUCAUAUAUGCAUCUAACGUGACUCCCCAGUCUUUGGCAGAAAAAACAGGGAAUAGCGUUUUGCCUACAAAACUCAGCGAGAACUCUUCAGUAAAUGGUUUUAACAAAGCUGGUGAUCCGAAUAACAUGAAUUUUGUCUUUUCUGGAUUUGUUAAAAGUGAGUUUGUACAACACCGGCUUGUUAUUCUAGUUAGAUCUUCUUCUAGUUUGGCCUUCGCUUCCGAUUUAUCCUGCACUGAAAAGGACAAAAAGAUUUUACUAUCGUCGACGAACGAUCUGAGGCCACUGUUUACCACUGCGGUUGGAAGGUCAUUUGUAUAAAUGCUGAAGAGAAGGGGGGAAAGAAUCGAUCCUUGGAAAACACCAUGUGUGAUAUGAAGUGGCGUCGACUUGCUUGAGCCAAUUUUCACGUAUUGAGAUCUACCAGUGAGAUAGCUGCGAAACCACUUUGUGGCUGAUUCAGACAAACCGAUGUCCGCUAAUUUCCUCAACAAAACUUCGUGGCUUAAACUGUCGAAAGCUUUAGACAUGUCUAUAUCAAAAUCAAGGCCGUCACCUUUUUCUGAUCCAUUGCCUGCAGUAUUUGGUCAGUUAUGAGAAUGUUCAAUGUUUCGGUUGAGUGGCUCUUCUUAUUACCGCUUUGAUGGGUGGAAAGACUUUCGUUUUUUUGUAAAAAAUCAGUUAAUUGGUUUAAUGCCACCUUUUCGCAUAUUUUUGAUGCAAUCGUUAACAUGGAGAGAGGACGGUUAUUGGAUGCAACGUCACGGUCACCUUCUUUUAAGAGUGGUAUGACUUCAGCAAGUUUCCAAACAUUAGGGUAUGUGGAGGACAUCAGGGACCUAUUGAUAAUAUUAGUUAAUGGCAUUAGGAUAGUUGGUAGUGAAUCUUUUAUCACUCGCAUGUGGACGAUGUCCGGCCCAGGAGAUUUGUUAGUAGGCAUGGACAAUAUAAUCCUUUUAACUAUAUUGCUUGUAGUUGGUUGGAAAUUAAAUCUGAGGUGAUGGUUAAUAGGGCGCCUGCGGGCAGCAUACGGUUGUAUAUUGUAUUUCUGUACCAAUUGUUUGACUGUAUGCGAAGUGGAUUCUCCAACUUUAGAGAAAUACAAAUUAAACUCUUCUGCCAAAAGAAAAACUCUUCUUUUAAACUUAAACUCUAAAAAUUAAACUCUUCUGUCUUUAGAAAAAAUAUGAUCUGGACUUUCUCUUGAAGGCAAGUAUUGAUUUAUCACCUUUCAUAUCGCCCCGGGUUUUCCUUCACAGUUUUGUAAUUGAUUGCGAGCGUAGGAUUUCUCAGCUUCUUUCAACAUGGAUUUGGCAGCAUUACUGGCAUUCUUGAAAAGUGACCAAUCAUCAAGGCAUCUGGUUUGACGAAAAAUUCGAUGCAGGUGAUCACGCUUUUUCAUGACUUGUUUUAUUUCGUCGUUGACAAAGGGUGUGGAACGAUUUCUUAUUCUAAUUUCCUUUAUGGGGGCAUGGUUGUUCAGAAUGGAAGAAAAGGCAUUAUUAAAAGUACCCAGGUGGUCGUUAAUUUCGGGAAAGAUGUUGUGGAGAUUCGAAAAGUAACCGGUUAAUUGUGCCAAGUCAGCCUCAUAUGUAGACGAAUUAUAAUUUCGGUAGCUUCUAGCAAUGACAGAACAACUUGGUGGUUUUGGGAGCUUGAGUGUUAAGAUCAUGAAUACUGGGAGAUGGUCGCUUAUUGACUUGUUCAUAACGCCACUGGUCUUUACGAGUGUAGGUGAAGACACUAGGAUAACGUCUACAAGCGAUCUAGAACUAUCCGUUACCCUGGUCGGUGAUUUAAUGAUUUGUUACAAAUUCAAUUCAGGUUUUUUUUAAAGUUCUGCCUUCAUGGCUGUUGUUCAACACGUUACAGUUUAGAUCUCCCAACACGAAAAUCGGAUGACCCAUUAAGAGUGCCUCAGUAUACGAAGGUUUAAACGAGUUUUCGAAACAGCUUAAGGGACAGUCUAUAUAUUGCGCAUAUCACAAAUGACUUUAGCUUUUUCAUAUUGUAGUCGUAACCAAAGUUGAUGGAGGCCGUCGUCUGAAAUGCUGGAGAUGUUUUUAAUUUGAUGGCAUUUUAUGUCUGGGCGGGUGUAGACACAAACGCCUCCGCCGACUUUGUGUGGGCGAUCAGGUCGAUACAAGUUGUAGCCUUCGAUUUUAACCUCAGCAUUUGUGAUUUGCGGAUUUAACCAUGUUUCAGAAACUGCUAAAAUGUCCGGUUUAUCCUCCUGGCAUAAUUGUUUGAUAUGUUGGAAAAGCAUGUACGUGGACGACCACAUAAGCAGAAAAAAGACGGUGGAACAAGCCAAGCAGCUGAAAGAGAAAGCAGAAAAGAUUUUCAGUGAUGCAACAUUUACAUUGCAUAAAUGGCAUUCGAAUGAACUGGAACUAGACGAAUCACUCAUUACCGCAGCGGACGAAGUGACGUACACAAAGCAACAAUUGGGAGCAUUGUAGUUUACUAGCACUUCCGCGGAACAAAUCCUCUGACACCAUCAGUGUUACCAUUCCCGCCGAGUCAGCAAAAUCAACUAAACGAGGAAAUUUACAGAAACUUGCGAGAAUCUAUGACCCUUUGGGUCUAGUGUCACCACAAACCCUUCAAGGAAAGUUUAUCUACCGUGAGAUAUGUCAGAAGAAGAUCGGAUGGGACGUAGAGAUCGAUAGUGAAGUGAAGAAGAAACUAGUACGUUGGGAACGAGAGCUACCAAACCAAGUCACGACAGAGAGAUUGUUAGUGAAGUUCCGCGAGAACAUUGAUUCAAUAGAACUGCAUGCUUUUGGGGAUGCAGGUAGCCAAGGCGUCCCAACUGCUGUGUACGCAAUUGUCCGUCCGUCAACCAUCAGGUGUUAGCCAAGGACUAGUGGCUGCAAAGUCGAGAUUGUCAAAGCAAGGCCUCACCAUACUUCGCCUGGAGCUGGUGUCUGACCAUAUGGCUGCUAACCUUGUCAGUAACGUGGAAAAAGCUUUGGACGGAUUUCCGAUCACUGUAAUACAAGGCUGGCUCGACAGCACAGUCGCACUUCAGUGGAUCAACGGCGGCGGAGAAUAUAAACAAUUUUUUGCAAAUCGAAUCCAGAUCAUAAAAUCAAACACCCGAAUUCAAUGGCGUCACGUACCAUCCGAGCAUAACCCAGCAGAUCUAGGAAGUAGAGGUGGUUCGGUGGCGAACAAGAAAUUUUGGUGGAAUGGUCCAGAAUGGCUAGACACUCCUGAAAGUUGGCCUGAACAUAUCACCCCUUCGCCGACCAAAGAAAGCAAUGCCGAAGCGAAGGUCGUCAAGCAAGUACUCGCAGUAUCCUUAGAGGACACUAACAAGCUAGACGAAGUGCUCGAGAAACAUGACCUAUGGAAAGCCUUGAGAAUCUCUGCAUGGGUAGCAAGAUUUGCUUUCAACUGCCGCCAACACAAGGAGAAACUCCGAGGUCCACUUACGACUAACGAUCGAGUACGAAGAAGAGCGGUUAACCCUGAAUCUACAACCAAACGAAUUCGGUGCGGUUGGUCUGUCGAGGACGAAUUCAAGGAAGCUAUCCCGUGUUUCUGCCCGACACAGAUCCUUUCACAGUUAAGUUGGUAGAGCAAGCCCACAUGCGCACCCUCCAUGGGGCAGUGGGCUUGACCAUGGCUCACAUCCGAGAGAAGUACUGGAUUCCGAGACUUCGCAGACUUGCUCGGAAAGCGAUCAAAGGAUGCUAUGGUUGCCGGAGAUUCCAAGCAAAAGCCCUGGAACAACCCUCAUCUGGUGUGCUCCCACGUGACAGAACAGAAGGAAGUCGCCCAUUCCAAACAUUAGGAGUAGACUUUGCGGGGCCAUUGAAGUACAAGAAACGAAACAAGUCCCAAGUCCGUAGGAAAAUCGUACAUCGUGUUAUACGCCUGCAGUUUGAGAAGAGCAGUCUACAUCGACCUACUUGCUAGCUUAUCAACGGAUGAGUUCAUCAGGGGCCUGAAAGGAUUCAUCGUGAGAGACAUAACCAGUGAGAGACAUAACCAGUCUCACGGUACAAAGUCAGUGAAAUUAAAGAUCGGGGAUGUGGUUAUAAUAAAGUCGGACGAGAAGAAUCGAGAGCAAAAUGGCAAUUGGGAAUUCCAGAUGAGCUUUUCAAGGGACGUGACGGCGUGGUGAGAGCAGUAAGACUUCGAGCAGGAAAGAAUUUCUUGGAAAUGCCACCCAUUCAUUUGUAUCCCUUGGAACUAUCCUGUGAAAAGAAAGAGAAAAAGAAUCAAGAACCCUUGAAUCCAGACGUUCCACCAUUCAGACCAAAACGAGAUGCAGCAGUAGCAGCAAGACAACGGAUUCAGGAAGUAGCGACCGUUGAGAACUAAUAGGUAUAUCAGAAGACCCAUAUAAUCAUGAGAACAGUAGUCUCCUAAAAUACAUAUAUCUCGACUAGCGAGCUAUAUGGGGGAGUGUGUCGGAGACUUUCAAUUAUAGUAUAUAGACCAGAGUACAUUUAAUCUUAGAAUAUAGAUAAUUUUUAUUAUUAUCAUUAUUAUUAUUUUUAAGAAUAUUCACCAUUGCAUAAAUUUGAAUUGCGGUGAAUUUACAACUAAGUAUUUAAUUACUAUAUUAACAAUAAUAAGGAUUAAAGAGUUAAAAUAUAUUAAAACGUUACCGUGUACUUCUAUAAAAUCUGUAUUUAAAUGUUGCUACUGUCAUUAAAAAUAGCCACAGUGCUCGAAAACAAGCUGCGGCGGUCAUAUAGUUAUUAGUUUAAAUAUAUAGUUAUGAACACACUGUACGUGCAAAAGGGAAAUGAAACUGCAGUGUAAUGGACUAGGUUACCUUAGAGGUAGUGAAUGCUGCCUUUUUGUCAGAUUGCGGCAGAGCCCCCAAAUGUCCCCACAGUCACUUUUUGUAGGGCUAUAUAUGCCACCUCAAAUAAUGUUUACACUUUUUGAGUUGUUUUAUUCUUAUUACAUAAUAUUACGUCAUAAUUUGUGAAUAAACUUCAUGUAAAUAUUAAAAAUGGCAAAACUAAAAAUGAGGAUACCACGUUAAUAUGCUCUUUUGAUGAAACAAACACAAUUAUUAAGUACUAGUUAAAACAUGAGCAGCCGAUCUAAAUUCAUAUAUGUACUCACCGCUUAGCCAAAAAAACAUUCUGUAUUUCAUAUCGAGAAAAAAAACACACUUAAAUAUCUUCUAAACUCUUCAGAAUUUGCUCAGAGUCAAUGUGAGUAAAAUACUCAUGCUGAAAGUUUCGUUCGAAUACGGCAAGUAAAAAUUUUUAUUUUGAAUUUUUCAAAAUAUCAGGUUUUUACUCGCACGCACGCGCCCGUGCAUAAAGAGUAUCGAAUAGCAUGCAGAAUCGAUUCCGGUUUAUCCAGACCCCUAUGGUAUAAGCAGCGCUUUGUUAGUUUGUUUUGAUGUACGUUUCACAGGCCGCGCUAAAAAUAUAAAUAUUCUGUAAAUACCGAAAUCUGAACACACAAGCUUGAAAAUAACACUUUACGACACUCUAAAUAGUGUUUUGGAUUCUGGUUCGAAUAAGACUAUUACGAAAAAGAUAUGUUCAAAGGGGCCGAAGUUAUGUUCGGCGAAAUGUAUGGCUUUGGCUAGUUACAUUGUUCGAAUAUAAGAAAUAUGAUACCGCUUGACCUCUCAAAGGUCAUAAAUAGCUAUAAAUAUUGUGGACAUUUGAUUAAAACUAUCGUCUAGUGUAGAAAUUAGGAGAUUUUGUUUCACUGAAUCGAAUGGUAGUAUUUUUGUCUUCAUAGCAUACACCAAACCGAAGAUAUGAACCUUGCAAAGUCAUAGAGUUGAGAGAUAUCAGAUAAAGUUGAUUCACGCAUAGCAUUGUGGAUCUAUCUAAUAUUUGACCACAAUGCAAUGCGCUAAGGCAAAAUUUAAAAUAUUCCCAACUACAUCAGUUAGGUGUGCUGCCUUGCUCGCUCGCUGAAGGUUCGCUCGCUGCGGCAGCAACUAGAAGUUUCGUAUCCAACGCAAGAGAUAAACAAACGUCACUAUGCAACCGCAUUGUCAGGGCGCAGUCGAAACUAUAGGAUCAAAUCGCGAUGACUUUUGCAUAUUUCCCGCAAGGAAACUUCGUCACAUAACCGCAUACUUAGACUUCGUCAUAUAACCACAAUAAAUUCUUAUUAUUUUACUAUAAGUAUAGCCUGUGUAUGUUUGUUAGACACAUUAGAACUUCAGUUUACUGGAGAGUUAACAUCGAUUGUGAUGCAGUGAAGUGAUGUCAUUGUGACCUGUGACCUUUAUUAAAGUUUCAAAAAUUUAACUUGAUUUCUGAAUUUGUGAGUUGUUGGGCAAAACAAGGGAGGCUAUCCCCAACAGCGCGUUGUCGUUAAAAAUGUUAAUGAAUUGUCUGUCAGUUCCCGUUUAUAAGCGUUUAACGUUUUCAUCACGAAGCGCAUGCAGUACAAUGUUUGGCCAAUAUUGGGAAAUCCCAUCAAAUUUAAACAUUUAAAUCGUGAAUUGGCGUAAAAAUGCCAUUCGUUGAUUUAUUUCGUUUUAAAAUAAUAUUCGACGGAUUAUAUGUCGCAAAAAAUUUCGGAAAAAUUUCGGGGAAAAAAAAUACGGGAAAAUAUUUCGAAAUAUCAACGGAAAAAGAUCCCAGAAUCCCGAGAAAAAUUGCCGGGAUUUUCUAAUCCCAAAAAUCUCCGUACGCUUUUUCAGAGUAAUUUACCCCUCGGAUCACGUAAAUGUCGCAAAGCUGGUCCAUAGUGAUAAAUCGACCGCAUAGGAAGAGCAUAGGAAUAGACGCCAAUCAAUGAUUGCUGUGAUCAUAAAAUCUUUGGAGAAAUGCAGUUUAGUGUACAUGCAAUCUAUUUGUAAAUGGCAAGACAUCAUUCAGAACAACUUGCUCAGCCCAUACACGCGCAUAUAGCUACAAUGGAAUGUCAUUUCUCAUUACGUUGAAUUCCCGGAAUGAAUAAUUGUUGGUAUCGAUUUUUAAAUUUAUAUUAGAUUCAUAAACAGAAAUCAAGAAAUCAGAAAUGUGAAUGUCUUCGUUCAGUUCGUUUCGAUUCUUUAUUUUUUUGUGAGAAGAUGCAUCUUUAAACCUCUCUUAAAAAUUUUACUCGGUAGAGCCGGCUUUCGAAAUACUGGUCAUUUCAAUUCAUGAAAACACACAGAAUUUUAUAAAGCAAGUGCAUGUUAUGCUAGCAAAAUGUAUAUAUAUAUAUAUAUAUUCUGACUAGGCUGAAGAGCAAUUAACGAGGUCCGAUAUUUAAAUGGGGUGCCAUCAUCUACGCCGGAAUUUCCGGCGUCUCUUAUAUAUAUAUUGGGUGCAUGCCAGUUUAUAUUGCGCGAGUACUAAACUACUUCACUAGAGUUACCUAAGCUAAGAUUAUUUUUUAAAUCUUUUCCUUGUAUUAGAAGACGACAAAACAAAUCAAAUGGCACCUUUCAAUUGGACUUUCAGAGGUGAGAUCAAAGUUUUUGUUUCACAAAACGUGACGUUUAAAAAUCCAUUCACCAUUAAAACCUCCCUCACAUCGAGUUACCUUGUCUCCAGUUCAAUAUCGCGUAAUACACAAUUUCAGAUACUGCUAUAAACAAAUGGCGAUUUACUCGCCAUUUAUCCUAUAGCGUUCGCCCAAAGAGAAUUAGGGUAACGUAACUCUUUAUUUCCUAUUUAAAGUGUGUCGUAAUGAAAAAUUAGACUAACUUUACCGACGUGGCAAUUAGCAAAUGUAUAUAACACGCAAAACUGGCUAUAAACCCAUUGCACUGACGUCACAAAUCCUUAGAGUGUCCUCCAGAUGCUCCCUAACAAUAUCUGUUCAGCCGGUACAACAACCACAUACAGCGCAAAAAUUAACCAUUUUGAUACAAAUUUAUUAUAAAUUUUACAAAAUUUUCAGUUUGUUUACAAAAGUUAUAUUGCGCAUAGAUUGCUAAUUUGUCCUCCAGAUGCAUCGUCACCGGCGCUGUUACGUCAUGUGCAAUGGGUCUAUUCAACAAUUAUGCUAUCAAAUUUUGGUUCUCUAUCCCCUGCUCUCCUUUCUCACCAUUUCUCGUCAGCCUGUCUAUAUCUUCGCCUCCUAAAAGCAACACAUCAGGGAGGAAUCACUUUAUGUGUGCUUCCUGUAGUUGAACCAAUUAGGUAUUUACUAAUAUAUCACUUUGAUACUUAAAAUUAUAGUAAUGGUAUUGCUAGAAAAUGAUAUUCUAGGGAAUUCGGGCACUGCCCUUCUUCAGGCUGGUCAUGCCCAAAAAUAAUUUGUAGUCAUUUUGCCAAUCAAUAGGCUGCAGAAAGCAGUAACAAAACUCGGCGUAACGAUGCAAAAAAAACUACUUAAAAUUCCACAUAAUUUAUUGCAAGAAUUAAAUUUUUUCAAUUUGAUUUUUGUUUAGAUAAACUGACUAACUAUGGGAACAAGUUUGUCAUAGGAUUUACUUCCCAAUAUUCCCUGCGUACCUACGGUUACAUUGGAAUAGCAAUUGCAGCUCACUUCGAUACAAAUGUCACAAUUAUCACACAAUCAACUUCGAGCGUUCCGUUGAACGUCGCCAUCCAUAUGAAAGAAGGGGAUUUCUUGGAGUAUGGUCUGCCGCGCUCCCUGCGAAUGCAAGGAAUCCAAAAUAAUGGUAUUCAGGUUUCGUCAACAAUGAAUAUUUCGAUCGAGUGUUUCAAUUAUUAUACAGGUGGUGAUGGAUACCUAGCACUACCAACUGACGCACUAGGUGUAACAUAUGUUGUUGCAUCAUAUACACCAUACAAUAGCGUUGCAAGAGCUAAAAUUGGUAUAGUGUCAAUACAUGACGAAACAACCAUUUUAAUUCAACCAAUUAAGAAUGCCGUUAUUGAAAUUGGUGGAACCGCGUAUACUCACGCCGGCCCGAUCCAUGUUUUCUUGGGUAAACUGCAGUCCAUGCAAGUAACUAGUGAAUCGGAUUUAUCGGGGACAAUGAUAUUCGCUUCUAAACCAGUAUCUGUUGUCUGUGGAGUGGAUUUGGGGAUUCCUGGCGGCACUGGAAGUUAUGACAGAUUAGAAUCAUUUCUUUUACCUGUCACACAAUGGGGAAAACAGUACAUCUUAACAACGGUCGGAUCAACGAACAAAAAACAAGGAGAUAUUUUCCGAAUUUUUGCCUUUGAAAAUAGUACGGUUGUCCACAGUGCAUACUGGAUCAAAGUUUUGUUAUCCGGCACUUAUACUGAAUUGAUAUUAGGCGAAAAUCUUACAUCGUUUGUGAACUGCAAUAAACCUUGUCAAGUGGUACAAUACAUAAGGGGGGAAACAAUUGGCUCGAAAAAGGCGGACACUUCGAUGAUUGUCCUUCCUUCGAUUAAACAGUUUAAAUCAUACUAUCGUGUUCUUUGUAGUCAUAUUUCAGGUUUUUACAGUUCUGCAACAAUUACGAUUGAGGAACGUUUAACCAACGGUUUGUUUCUAAAUGGAGUUAAAAUGAGUUAUCUAAAUUGGAUUAAAAUUUCGGGGACAAAAUAUGUUUGGACAGUGGUUGGUAUGCCUGGAACAAAACUUGCUACCUUCUAUCAUUCUUCGCGUGAUGGUAACUUUGGACUGCUGGUGUAUGGCUGGAAUGGCGAUAAUUCGUAUGCUUACCCCGGCGGAUUCACUUUCCAACACUACAGUACCGGUAAGUAAUUGUCACAGACUUCGGAAGCUUAUACCAUCCUAACUUGUUCAGCGUUUAAAUAUAUAAAGUUCACGUUUACGGCCUAAAAAUAUGUUGCAUUCUUAACAAAUUUAACAAAAUCCUGUGUGAACUGAUUUGAAACAAAUUAUUAUCGAUAACGAAAUUCUA